AUGUCUACCUCUAUCGCCAUAGUCGGAAUCUCUGCCGAGUUGCCUAGCGGGGCUUGCUCGAAGGCGAAUUUAGAACAUAGCUCCUUCUUCGAUUUCCUGCUCAACGGCCAGGAGUCUUACGAAUGCAUGCCGGAUGGCAGAUUCAAUGUCGAGGCGUGGAAAGGCAAAAACCGCGGAGAAAUACGAGUCAAUGGUGGAUCAUUUCUCAAGGACAUAGACUUGUUUGACAACGUCGAAUUUGGAAUCUCUGCUAGAGACGCCCGCUCCAUGGCUCCAGCGACCAGAAAGCUGAUAGAACAAUGUUUCCUGGCCCUCGUGGACUCGGGAAUCGACUAUCGCACUAGAAACGUUGGGUGUUUCACCUCUGGGACGAAUCUUGAAUUGACCAAUGUCGCUGACCCGGACGAGUUUGAUUGUGAAGGAUCGUUCGCGGGAAACCCAUCCAUGAUAUCCAACCGCGUCUCCACCCAUCUCGAUUUACUCGGACCAUCUGUCCCAACUGAUACGGCGUGCAGCUCUUCCCUCACAGCACUGCACUUGGCAGUGCAGUCCAUUUCAAAUGGAGAAUGUGAUGCUGCUGUCGUGGCUGGAUGUCAGCUCAACCACCGCUUCAUUGAUUGGUUCAAUUACAGUCAAGGGUCCCUCCUAUCCCGCGAUGGGAAAUGCAAGCCGUUUGAUGCGUCGGCUGACGGGUUUGGAAGGGCGGAAGCUUGUGUGGCGAUUGUGAUUAAACCUCUUCAGCAGGCGCUCCAGGAUGCAGAUCAGAUCUAUGCGACGAUCUUAGCCACGGCAAUAAACUCCUCUGGCGGUGGAGCUCCUCCUGGUGCACCAGUGGCUGAAGCUCAGCGUGAUGCAAUGCGACGAGCUUUCAAGCUUGCAGAACGCAACCCACGAGAAGUGGAUUUUAUCGAACUUCAUGCUACAGGUACGGCGAAAGGCGAUCCUACCGAAGUCAACUGGGUCGGAGAGGAAUUUAGUCGUGAAGAUGAAGUGCUGAUAGGGAGCGUCAAGGGAAACAUUGGACAUACUGAGAUCGUCGCCUUCCUGGCAUCACUUUCGAAAGUUAUAUCCAUUUUCCAAUCACGCCAAAUCCCUCCCAAUGUCAACAUAAAGGAGCUGAAUCCCGCAAUACAGUGGCUCAAGUAUCAAUUACGCGUGCCACGGUCCACAACCCCUCUUCCAUGUCACUCCGCGCGUGGCUCGUUGAUUGCUAUGUCCAGCUCUGGGAUCGGCGGAUCGAACGGGCACGCCGUCCUAGAAGGACCACCGACUCGCGUGUCCUUAGAUCUUCGUACGGAGUUCAUGGCUGCACGGCCAAGUCUCUUCGUAUCUGCGGGGUUGUCUUCUCGUAGCACGGUCGCAUUUUCGGAGUCGAUCACCAACAUGGCAACUAGAAGUGCCGACGAGAUGCCUGUCUUGUCCACGAUCCUCGGGCGUCGAUCUCGUUCCAUGACUUGGCGCUCCUUCGCGAUUGCCGAUUCGGCUUUGGGAGCACUUCAAUUCUCCUCCCCUCAGCUUUGCCCGCGCGAGGCACGUCCCGUGGUGUUUGUAUUCUCAGGACAAGGGCCUCAGCACGAGCGCAUGGGAAGAGAGUUGUUCGAACGAUUCACCGUCUUCCGUCAUAGUGUUCUAGAGAUGGACAGGAUCUAUGAGACGUUGACAGGCAGUUCGAUGCUUCGUGACUAUGGUCUUUUCGAUGGCUGUGGAUCUCCAGGAAAGCUCAAGGACGUAUGGCCAAUAUCUCUCAUCUUGCCUUCCAUUGCGAUGUUCCAAAUAGCGCUCUUCGAUCUCUUGGCGAGCUUCGGCAUGAAGCCUGACAUCAUUAUCGGCCAUUCUGCAGGAGAAACUGCCAUGCUUUACGCGUCCGGUGCCGCUCCGAAGGAGAUGGCCUUCGAGCUGGCCGUCAUUCGCGGACGUGCUUUCGCGCCUCUCGAAGCCCUCGGUGGUGGUAUGGCGGCCAUAUCAUGCGGGGAGGAAGACGCAGAGGAAAUCAUUGCCAGCGUACGCUCAGAACUCCCGGACAACAUCCUCGAGAUCGCCUGUUUCAAUUCACCCUCUGCCAUCGCGAUCGCGGGCCACGACAUCGCGAUCACACGGGCGCUGGAGGUCUGUCAGACUCGGGGGGUGUUCGGUCGCAAGAUACGCACGAGCGUGCCCAUGCACUCGUCCAUGAUGGAGCAGUGUCGAGAGGACUACUGCAGAGAGCUCCGAGCACUGUUUGAGCGGUACCCUGGCCAGCACGUCCCACAGAUCCCGACGUACUCAACAUUGACGGGAGAGAGGUUGUCCGACUCGAUCGACGCCGACUACUUCUGGAGGAAUACGCGAUCGCCCGUACGGUUCACGCAAGCGAUGGAAAGGCUUACCGCGUCGCAGUCGUGCACAUUUGUAGAGAUUUCACCACAUCCUGUCCUGGUGUCCUACAUCUCAUCCAUGGCCGGCGACGGUAGCCCGGUCAUAUCGACGAUGCAUCGCGUGAAGCCAAAUAUGCCGUCUGUGGAUCAUGUCGAUCUACUGAGGGUGUGCGGUGAGCUGACCGCCUCUGGGUUCAAUGGCGUCAAUUUUACCGCGCUCAACAAUCGAGCCUGCUACGAAUGCGACGUCUCCCUUCCCACCUAUCCGUUCUCGAAGAAGAGCUACGCACUCUAUCCGGACACGCCUGGAUAUGCGAAACAGAUGGAACCCCAUCUUGGACCACUGAACCAUCGGUAUCUCAGAAUUAACAAGGAUACGCAUCCGGUCCUUGCAGAGCAUGUCAUCAGAGGAGAGCCAAUCAUGCCCGCGGCGGGGUUCAUUGAGAUGGCCAUCGAGUUUGGCGCCACUGCUCUUCUGCACGUUGACCUCAAGGCGAUUUUGUCCCUUUCAUCUGAAAUCCCACCGGCGGUAGAAGUGGUGUUGAACUCAUCGUAUUGGAAAGUCCAAUCUGUCACGUCUCAUGAUUGGCACUCGGGCAAACAGCAGAAGCGCCUGCAUGCAGAUGGAUACUUGACGUUCGAGCCAUCUCAGCCUCUCAAAGAUAUAGAUAUUGCCACAAUCCGACAGCGAUGCAAAAACCAUGUGGGCUCAUCGUUCUACUCGUCUCUCUCAUACUUCUCUGCCUACGGCCCCCGACUGCGUCGCGUGACGAACGUCUAUUACAGCGAGAAAGAAGCUCUUGUCUCCAUCAAAGGGAUGGAUAAUGCACUGAAGCAGUAUGUUGUCCUUCUACCCUCCCAAACCACAUACGUGACUUUGCCAUAG